CACCAAACUUGUUCUACUGGUUUUUUAGUAUUCCCUUUCCAAUGCCUGGAAGACUAAUACAUUUUUGAUACUUUUCGAUGACUUAACAUUAAAACUUUCAGGUCAAACACAUGAAGAUCAGACCAUAAUGCAGCUCAUCAUUUUGCUGAUAUACACACCUUUGGUGUACACAGAGUUGCACACAUUCAUCACCACAUACACUGGAGUUACAGGCAUUGAAGGAAUCCCAGAGUUUUGGGCUGUAUCUACACUGGAUAGACAGCAGUUGGAUUAUUAUGAUAGUAUUAAUCAAACGCUUACUCCCAGGCAGAAGUGGUUAGAAGAUUUUUCAUCCACAUACAAGUGGAAAAGCAACACUGAAAACAGAAAAAAAGAACAGGACAACUUAAGGAACAGAAUUGAUAAACUAAUUAACCACAAUGGAACAGGUAUUCACACUUAUCAGAGAAUGUACGGCUGCAGUUGGGAUAAUGAGACUAAAAAAUCAGAAGGGUUUGAUAUGUACAGUUAUGAUGGAGAAACUCUUUUCACACUGGACAUUAAUAAAAGAAGCUAUAACACAACCAUGCAACAGCCAUUUAGCGCACAGUGGAACAAAAGUGUGCAGUUUGAUUUUAUAAUCUUCCUCAGACACGAGUGUUUGUACUGGCUGAAGCGCUUUUUGUCCUUGGCUACUUUGAACAGAAGAGCUGUGCCUAAGAUUUCUUUGCUACAAAAGGAUCCAGUCUCUCAUGUGGUGUGCCAUGUCACAGGUUUUUACCCCAACGGCACAACCAUUACGUGGAGGAAGAAUGGACAACCUAUAAACCACUUUUUGGUGGAAAUGGGGAUAUGUCUACCAAAUGAAGAUGGGACCUUUCAGAUGCGAGUGGGCCUCCAUGUGAUCCCGGCGGAAUGGAAGAAGGAGCAGUACGUUUGUGUGGCGGAGCACAAGAGCUGGACAGAGAAGAUCCAGACGAUCCUGACUGAGGAUGAGGUUAAGAGUAACUACAAAAAGAAAUCUGAAGCAGUAUUCUUUAUGGUCCCUGUCGUUGUUGUUGUUGUUGUUGUUGUUGCUGUUGCUGUUGUUGUUUGUUUGAAAUGUCUAUAUAGAAGAUUAAAUUCAUGUAAGUUCUUCUACAACAAAUGCCCGACAGAGACACAAGUUUAAGCAUAAAGGUAUUGUUUUAGCCUGUGUUUGUGUUUAAGCCAAAUAUGUACUGUUUGGUAUUAACUGCUUAUUGUGUUUUGGCCUGUUUUAGGUUAUCAAGACAUUAAGUAAAUAUCACAUUUUAUUAAUGCUUAAAAAUGUUAACAAAUUUUAUUCAGACUCCAAUUUCUAAAACACACACCACAGACACCACAAAGAAAGAUGGCAUUGAAUGUCAAUGUAAAUAUGUAUAUACAGUAUAUAUUUUGGUUCUGAUGUUGUACAUCUGAAUAGUUCACAAAAAAAGCACAUACAUGACUCAAUAAAGUCAUAAAGUUAUCCAAAUGAUCUUCUGAAGUGAAUUUAUGUGUUUCUAAGAGAAAAUUUUCAUUAUUUUAAGCUUAUUGGUACGUUGUGUCAAUGAAAAUAAAUGAUCCACAUGC